GCAACUAAAAUUACUUUUUCUAAUUUUUUUAUUACAAGGAUAGCAUAUCUCUCUCAUUUUGCAGUGACAAAUGUGGGUUUGCUUUUCAUUAUGAUUUCUAAAACGGUUUGAUUAAUUUUCAGGUGGCAUUGCACUUACUAUCAGAAAGAGAAAGGAAUGACCUAGCUUAGUUAAUUAAUGCUAUGGUGUCCUAUUCAAUAACAUACAAGAACAUGAAAUCUGAUCCUCUACCUAGUACCCAGCUACAUGAAGCAGCUUCAAAUGGCUUGUCACUUUCCUUUGAUCCCCCAAUUGCUGACUUUGUCACCUUCAAGGGAUUUAGUUUGGGUCAUUAUGCUCUUGGUGUAGCUGUCAAACAGGUUUUGAUGCAUGAGAUAGAAAAGAAAAAAAUUUUGCAAGGAAGCAUGAGCAAAACUAUGCAUUCAACUGAUGGAAAACGCAGAGAGAACUGGGCAAUGACAACGGAGGAAAAGAGCCGAGCUCAAUCUGGCAAUGUUAGUCAUGCAGCUGGAUGUGCUGAGAACAACAUAGAAACAACAAAGAGUAAGGCUAGUACUUCCAUCGUUUCGUCAGCCUCUGGUUCUAGUGGAAGUGCAGAAGCUAGUGUAAAACUAAAAUCUUCUAGAGAUGUGAAGAAGCCUCCUAGGGGCUCUACUUUCUUUGAUAGGUUCAAAAAGUUGAGCAGCAAAGGUUCUCAAACUACUAACCUCAUCCAAGAGCUAGUAACACUGGAGAGAGAUUCACGUCCUCUGCUAUUUAAGUUUAACGAGGGUUUUACAAAUGCAGUUAAAAGGCCAGUUCAGACUCGUGAAUUUUUGCUAUAACUGGGAUCAGAAUUAUUGUAAGCACUAAAAUGGUGCCUUUUCUUUUCUUUUGUUUGUCACAUAUAAGAUGUAGAUCUGUGCUCUUUUGCUUAAGCCCCAAUUCUAAAGACAUAUAAGUUAUCUCAUGGGACGCUGCUUGACGACAAUCUAUGCGUUUGUUUUUUUUUUUUUUUGGGUUUUAAAAGAGAGGACAACAAUGAUACACCUUUUAAUCCCUUUUGAGUAGUUGAAUUUUCUGGAUCUUUUCAUUCUUUACCAUACAAGAGUACAACAUUUUUCCUUUUUUCUGGUGUGUCAGGAAGACAAGAUGCGGCAGGAACACUACGUAAACUGAGUUCUACAUUUGGCUUAUAUUAUAUUGAAUCUGCGUCA